AUGAACGGGACUACUCCUUCGCCUAGCCCGGCGCCCGGGCCGAAAGCUUCGCCGCGUUCACGACCUUCUGCCUCGCCCGCUGCGGGCACGAAGCGCAAAAGAACUGGCGGUACAAAAUAUUAUGCUGUCAAGAAGGGAUUCACACCGGGGGUUUAUGAAGGGUGGCAAGAUUGUCUAGCUCAAAUUACGGGAUUCAAGGGCGCAAUCUUCCAAUCAUUUCUCACCUAUGAAGACGCCAACGCGUUUCUAACAGGCGGCAAGAUCAGUGGAGCUUCCGCGCAAAGCUCCGAGCCCAGAUUCUACGGCAUUCAACGUGGUCGCGCGCCCGGGGUAUAUACAGACUGGGCCACAGCGCAAGACCAAAUCCGCGGCGUUACAAGACCGCGAUAUCGGAAAUUCUCGACGCGCGAAGAAGCAGAAGCUUUCGUGAAAGCAGGAGGAGCACAACGGGUUCCACCCGCGGUCGGGUUUGGAGAAGUCAAACAGCCAGCCGGAAGUCAUGGAAUCGAAACUGAAAACCCCAAAGAUCCAGACGGGAUAGAAUACCCAGCUGGAGAUGGACCGUUGCCACGCGGGGCGGAAGAUGGAUUUGAUCCGAAUGUUAUGCUGGACCCGGCGACAGGCAAGGUCGUUUACAAGGACGCUUCUAAGAAGGUGGCUACUAAGACACAAGUGAGCGGGAUACCGGGGAUGCUGCGUAUUUAUACCGAUGGAAGUUCAUUGCGAAAUGGGACCGCGUUGGCAUCGGCUGGAGUUGGGGUUUUCUUUGGACCAGGAGAUUCAAGAAAUGUUUCGGAGCCAUUGAAAGGCAAUCGCCAGACCAACCAGCGCGCGGAGUUAACAGCGAUUCUUCGGGCUCUGGAUAUCGCUCCUCGGCAUCGCGAUGUAACGAUCGUGACGGACAGUCGAUAUGCAAUUGACUGUGUAACCGUGUGGUAUAAGAACUGGCAACGCAAUAACUGGAUGACGAAAGACGGCAAACCAGUUGAAAAUAAGGAUCUAGUGGAAUCGGUCCUCGUGAAUAUUGAAGAACGAGUGCAACUGAAAGUGAAGACGUUAUUCGAAUGGGUCAAGGGCCAUGCGAAAGAUCCUGGAAAUGAGGCUGCUGAUCGGUUAGCAGUGAAUGGAGCUCACAGAGGUGUCGCAGAGAAGGCCGAGGCACUGGAAGCCAGUCGCGACUUACCUGAUGAGCUGUUGGAGGAGGAUUUCUGA